UCAUAUAGUAAUUGACACAUACUUGCAUUAGGCAAGUAGUUAGUAAGAACGGACAACAAUACACAAUGGCGAAAAUAAUUUUGCUGUGGCUAUUGUUUAUUAUAUAUUCGGUUUAUUAUGUAUCGGCUUUUUAUUUGCCGGGCCUGGCGCCUGUAAAUUAUUGCAAGGCCGGAGAAACCUCUGAAACGUGUAAAUCUGAAAUUAAACUAUAUGUAAACCGUUUGAAUACUGAGAAAUAUGUAAUACCAUAUGAAUAUCAUCACUUCGACUUUUGUCCUUCUGAUGAAAGUCAAAGUCCCAUUGAGAAUUUGGGCCAAGUUGUCUUUGGAGAACGUAUAAGACCUUCACCUUAUAAGUUAGAAUUCAUGAAAAAUGUCAAAUGUGCUGUUGCAUGUCGAAGAACAUACACUGGAGGAGAUAAAGAGUCAGAAAAGAAAUUGGAAUUUUUAAAAAAAGGAAUGGCACUUAAUUAUCAGCAUCAUUGGAUAGUUGAUAACAUGCCAGUUACAUGGUGUUAUCAAUCAGAAAUUCAACAACAGUAUUGUAGCACUGGAUUUCCUAUGGGUUGCUAUCCUCGAGAACCAAGAUCUCAAUCAGACACUUGUAACAUUGAUGGCGCAUAUAACGAAGCAAAAACUUAUUACCUAUUUAAUCAUGUAGACCUUACAAUCACAUAUCAUAGUGGUGUUAAAGAAGAUUGGGGGUCUGCAUUUAAGGAAAAUGGUGGACGCAUAAUAUCUGUUAAAGUGGUUCCUCGCAGUAUUAAACAUGGUAAUAUUCCUGAUUGUGAAAACAAAGCAACAUUACAAAUACCACGUGACGCGCUUCCUGUUGGUCAGCAAUUAGUUGUUACUUAUACAUACUCUGUAACAUUUACAGAAAACAAUACAAUUAAAUGGUCAUCUAGAUGGGAUUAUAUUUUAGAAUCUAUACCACACACAAAUAUUCAGUGGUUUAGUAUUCUUAAUUCAUUAAUAAUUGCUUUGUUUCUUUCUGGAAUGGUGGCCAUGAUAAUACUUCGCACACUGCACAAAGAUAUUGCGAGAUACAAUCAGGCUUCUUUCCAGAUAGAAUCAGGAGAAGACGCACAGGAAGAAUUUGGCUGGAAAUUGGUUCAUGGUGAUGUAUUUCGUCCUCCUCGCAAAGGAAUGUUACUCUCAGUUCUAUUUGGAUCUGGUGUUCAAGUCUUUUACAUGACACUCGUAACGCUUGCAUUUGCUUGCUUGGGAUUUUUGUCUCCUGCUAAUAGAGGAGCUUUGAUGACCUGCGCUAUGGUUUUAUAUGUCUGUCUUGGAGCUACUGCUGGUUAUAUAUCUGCUAGAAUAUACAAAAGCUUUGGUGGUGAAAAGUGGAAAUCGAACGUGUUACUCACAUCCAUGCUGAGCCCAGGAAUCGUAUUCAGUUUAUUCUUCAUAAUGAAUUUGAUAUUUUGGGCAAAUGGAAGUUCAGCUGCUGUACCGUUUAGCACUCUCAUUGCUCUUUUAGCACUUUGGUUUGGAGUAUCUCUUCCAUUAACAUUUAUUGGUGCUUAUUUCGGAUUCAGAAAAAGGCCUCUAGAGCAUCCUGUAAGAACCAAUCAAAUCCCUAGACAAAUACCAGAGCAAAGUUUUUAUACUCAACCAAUACCUGGAGUAAUAAUGGGUGGUGUCCUACCUUUUGGAUGUAUAUUUAUACAAUUAUUCUUUAUACUUAAUUCUCUGUGGUCGAGUCAGGUAUAUUAUAUGUUCGGAUUUCUCUUCUUGGUGUUUGUUAUACUCGUAAUCACAUGUUCAGAAACGACAAUUUUGCUUUGCUAUUUCCACCUUUGUGCAGAGGAUUAUCAUUGGUGGUGGCGCAGUUUCCUAACAUCUGGAUUUACCGCGUUCUAUUUAUUAGUUUAUUGCAUACAUUUUUUCAUGACUAAAUUGAAUAUAGAAGAUGCUACGUCUACGUUUCUUUACUUCGGUUAUACUUGCAUCAUGGUUUACUUAUUUUUCCUUCUAACAGGAUCGAUUGGUUUCUUUGCCUGUUUCUGGUUCGUGCGGCAGAUCUACAGUGUCGUGAAAGUUGACUAAUGUAUCAAAGAAUGACAUCCAUCGAAGUAAAAUGAAUGUGGUAUGGAUAAAU